AUGGCUUCAAAGGUUUCAUGCUUAUAUGUUUUGACAGUAGUUUGUUGGGCAAGCGCUCUUUGGUACUUAAGUAUAACUCGUCCAACUUCUUCCUACACUGGCCACAGACAGAUCAGUAGCGUUUCCAUAGCCAGAAAAAAUGUUUCCUUUGGCAACAUAAGAACUCGACCUAUAAAUCCACAUUCCUUUGAGUUUAUUAUCAAUGAACCCAAUAAAUGUGAGAAGAACGUCCCUUUCUUGGUCAUUCUUAUCAGCACAACUCACAAAGAGUUUGAUGCAAGGCAAGCCAUCCGGGAAACAUGGGGAGACGAAAACAACUUUAAAGGAAUUAAAAUCGCCACGCUAUUUCUUCUUGGAAAAAACGCAGAUCCUGUGUUAAAUCAAAUGGUAGAGCAAGAAAGCCAAAUUUUUCAUGACAUCAUUGUGGAGGAUUUUAUUGACUCUUACCAUAACCUCACUCUGAAAACAUUGAUGGGGAUGAGGUGGGUAGCAACGUUUUGUUCAAAAGCAAAAUAUGUUAUGAAGACAGACAGCGAUAUUUUUGUAAAUAUGGAUAAUCUUAUUUAUAAGCUGCUCAAACCUAACACGAAGCCAAGGAGAAGGUACUUCACAGGUUAUGUUAUAAAUGGAGGACCAAUACGAGACGUUCGCAGUAAGUGGUACAUGCCGAGAGAUUUGUAUCCUGACAGCAAUUAUCCACCCUUCUGUUCAGGCACCGGCUACAUAUUUUCAGCUGACGUAGCAGAACUGAUUUACAAAACCUCCCUUCACACGAGACUUCUUCAUCUUGAAGAUGUGUAUGUUGGACUCUGUCUUCGGAAGCUGGGCAUUCACCCCUUCCAAAACAGUGGCUUCAAUCACUGGAAAAUGGCUUACAGCUUGUGCAGGUACCGCAGGGUGAUCACUGUGCACCAGAUAACACCAGAAGAAAUGCACAGAAUUUGGAAUGACAUGUCCAGCAAGAAACAUCUUAGAUGUUAAGAUUUUUACAGAUGUAAAUACCUUUUUUUAAAUUUUGGUUUAGCCUGGUUAUUUUUUGACAAAGUGAUCUGCUGAUUUACAGGUCGAACUGUGGGAUAUUAACUGUGAGAGGAUUUUUAAUGACUUAUUUUUCAUUCUCAUUUUGACUACUGGUUUACAGACUUCAGACUCUUUUCAUAAGGACAUUACACCAACUGAAAGGAUCUAGAGUCAAAUCUCAGAUUUUGUAUAUUAUUCUCUACCACGCA